AUGAGUAGUACACUUUGGACAAAUUCUUCAGAUAGAAUAAAUUUAUUAUCAAAAGAAUCAUCUUCGAGAAUAACGAAACAUGAUACCGAUAUUGCAAAUAAUAUAAUAUAUGAGCAACAAAAUGAUUUACAACUACAAGAAUUGAAUGAUAAACUUUCAACUUUACAUAAAAUUACACUUGAUAUUCAUAAUGAUGUUAAUGAGCAAGUAAAUUUUCUAGAUGACACGGGAGACUCAUUUCUAACAUUUAGAGGAUCAUUGAAUGGCACAGUUGAAAAAUUAAAACAUAUGACAGCCAUUAGACAUCAACAAUACAUGUGUGAUGGGGAAAUUGAGAGCAGAAUUGAUGUGUAG